CUUGAGUUCGCGCGACUCCACCUAAAACUUCGGUGUAAUCGCCAAACGUAGAUAAAUAGAGGGAAACUUGAUGAUUUUUCAGAUAGUUAGUCGGUUCAUGUAAUGGUAAACGAAUUUAUUCGGCGUGGCAUGCGUUAAAAACAGUAUUUUGUCAGUUCCCCAGUGAACCGCGUAUUGUGCCGACUUUAGAGUCUCGCUUGUUUACAUCGGCUCUGGCUGCUUAUGUGCGACAGUCGCGGACGCUUUACGGCAGAGACAGUGUCUGUGAGGUGAGGAGAUUGGAUGCGAGAAGCGCUGAGGUUCUUCUGUCUGACGCUUCUGUCGGGUGUUUUGAUGCUGCCGGUGUUGCGGUGGAUUGGAUCGCGCACGUUCUCCAUGGCAACAGAAACGCACUCGUCCGGCACGCACUCGGCGGCCUUCGUGACCUGCCCGAACGACAGCGUGGCGCGAGAGCUGGCCAGAGGAAUAGUGGAGAAGAAGCUGGCGGCGUGUGUGAACAUCAUACCACAGAUCACGUCUGUGUACGUGUGGCAGGGGAAGAUCGAGGAAGACGCUGAAGUUCUGAUGAUGAUUAAGACGAGAAGCUCAAAGAUUCCUGCUCUUGCUGAAUAUGUCCGGUCGAAUCACCCGUAUGAGGUGGCGGAGGUCAUCAGUCUGCCCAUCGAUCAGGGAAACCCGCCGUAUCUCAAGUGGAUCGCAGACGUCGUGCCGGAGUGAGCGGCGCUUCCUCGCUCCAGAACCGCGUCCAACCACAGAUCUCACAUCUCAAACUCUGUGAACCGUUUGAUCUGUUACUAAAACUCGUCAUCAGAAACAUGCACGCGUGUGUCUUCUUAUUUAACAUUUACGGGGUGUGUUGUUUGUUCUGUCAGCCUGUGUUUAGAUUCACAUUGUUUUGGCUUGACACACAACUAUUGAUCGGAGAUUAAUUAUUGAUUGGAGGAGUGUAAAGGCUUUUAUUCUGUGAGCAGAACGUCAUUUAUACCACAGAGAUGACACCAUGAUCAAUCACAAUCAAGUUUAGCAGACGAGAUCAUGCACAACAGCUUUUAAUGGAAAAUGCAGCACUGGAUUCCCUCAAAUGUUAGUAAACACACACACACACACAUGCAGUGACCAAUCCUGAUCAUCAGUCCAACACUGACUGUUCUUGAUGUGAUUAUGCAGCGGAUUCUGUGAUAUGCACCCAAACACAUAGUUCAUAAUCAAACACAUAAUCCACUGACUGAGCUCAGCCUGAAUCACAUUUACAUCGGAUUGAAAGGUGUAGAUCUGAAAUAAUGAAUAAUUAACCAUGUAAACACUUGAAUCUGACUAUUUUCUCAGUGCAAAUAUACUUUGUGCAUGUGUUUACGU